AAAUUGUAUUGCCUCGGCGUUUUUCAUCUUCGAUUGUCCAACUCCACAAUUUCUCUCUCUCAACAUAUGAAAUGAGAGAGAGAUUUCUGCUGUGGAUAUAAUUGACCUCUCAAUUUUUGAAGUUUCUUGAAAGUGAUUGACAGAAAUGGGGAAUGUUUUUGUGAAGAAACCGAAGAUCACGGAGGUGGACAGAGCGAUUCUUUCCCUCAAAACUCAAAGGCGCAAGCUUGGUCAAUACCAGCAGCAGCUAGAGGCUGUCAUUGAUGCUGAAAAGCAGGCUGCAAAAGAUUUACUUCGGGAAAAGAAGAAAGACAGGGCAUUGUUAGCAUUGAAAAAGAAGAAGGUUCAAGAAGACUUAUUAAAGCAAGUUGAUGGUUGGCUUAUCAAUGUAGAGCAGCAAUUAGCAGAUGUCGAACUGGCAAGCAAGCAAAAGGCAGUUUUUGAGAGUUUGAAGUCUGGAAAUAUUGCAGUUAAAGCGAUGCAAAGUGAGAUAAGCCUUGAUGAUGUUCAAAAACUGAUGGAUGAUUCUGCUGAGGCAAAAGCUUAUCAAGAAGAAAUUAAUGCCAUUCUGGGAGAGAAGCUAUCAACUGAAGAUGAAGAGGAAGUUUUAGCUGAAUUCGAGACUCUAGAGGCUCAGUUAACACUCGCGGAUAUGCCCAAAGUUCCGUCAGCAGCACCCUCUACUCAAGAACAAGAAGAUGAGCUGGACCUUCCUGACGUGCCAACCAAAGCUCCGGCCAUGUCAGAAGCCGUUGCGCAUUCUUCAUCUGAAAUUUCUGAACAUAGAAAGGUUCUGGAAGAACCACUACCUGCUUAAUAUACAGAGCGCUUAAUGUUGUUGAAUAGCAGGUAGUAAAGAUCAAUGGUCACAGGCCUUGUUUAUGCCAGCGAUGCGCAUUUUAUAUUGACUUGAUUUUACACUAUACCUCGAUGUUUUCAGAUGACCGGUAUUGCUUCUGCCCAUUUCGUACGAUAGUACGUGUUCCAUUUCUUUUUCUGCAUAUGCAGACAUUUUGUAAAUUAUCCUGAAUAUAUGAGAUCAUGUCUACAAUAUAUCAAGAUUCAGAUGA